ACCCUAACGACAAGCAUCCCCUACCCCUCUCUUACCCUAACGACAGGCAACCCCUCCCCCGUUACCAAUAUCGUGUAGCAGCCGGCGUGCAAGUGCUCAGUGCUGUACCCGAUGUGUCGCCUGUCACUUCUCAUCUUUGUGUUCGGAGCGGCCCUGGGGGGCUACGAGCCCACCUGGGACUCGCUGGACACACGGCCGCUGCCUCCCUGGUAUGACUCGUCCAAGAUUGGCAUCAUGAUCUGCUGGGGGUUAUAUUCAGUCCCUUCCUACGGAAACGAAUGGUUCUGGAAUGCCUGGCAGAGUACUCAUAAUCCAAACUAUGUAAAGUUUAUGGAAGAUAACUUUAAGCCCAACUUCACGUACCAAGACUUCGCGGCAGAGUUUACGGCAGAGUUCUACAACCCUGACGAGUGGGCGAGGAUGUUCGCUGCGUCUGGUGCUCGCUACACGGUGUUCGUCGCCAAGCAUCACGAGGGCUACACCAUGUGGCCUUCAACCUUCUCCUGGAACUGGAACUCCGUGGAUGUUGGACCCAGGAGGGACUUGUUUGGUGACCUAGCCAAGGCGAUCAGGUCCACUGCACCACACAUUCAUGUGGGUGUGUACCACUCCCUGUUCGAGUGGUACAACCCCCUCUACCUCGAAGAUAAGAGCCAACAAUACAUGUCCAAUAACUUUGUUACCAGGAAGACCUUGCCUGAAUUGUACGAAUUGGUGAACAACUACCACCCUGAGGUGAUCUGGUCGGAUGGCGACUGGGAGGCUGAAGACUGGUACUGGAACUCGACCAUCUUCUUGGCGUGGCUUUUCAAUGAAUCCCCCGUCAAGGACACCGUCGUUGUCAACGACAGGUGGGGUAAAGGCAUUGGCUGCCAUCACGGCUCUUUUUAUAAUUGCGAAGAUCGUUAUAAUCCAGGUGUAUUACAGCCACACAAGUGGGAGAAUGCCAUGACGUUGGACAAGCACUCUUGGGGGUACAGACGAGAAGCUCCGGCCACCGACUAUCUCACCAUCCACGACCUCCUCACCACCCUGGCCCAGACUAUCAGCUGUGGAGGCAACUUGCUUGUGAAUGUGGGUCCGACACACGAUGGCCGCAUCCCGCCCAUAAUGGAGGAGAGGCUGAGGCAACUGGGCUCCUGGGUCGACAUCAAUGGUGAUGCUGUGUAUGACUCGACACCGUGGACACACCAGAACGACAGCGUGACUCCUGGAGUAUGGUACACUCAGAAAGGUAACCUAGUCUACAGCAUCGUGUUGAGUUGGCCCAAAGGUGACACAUUAACCUUAGGCUCGGUCCUCUCCACUUCCCAGACAAGUGUUACAAUGUUGGGUUAUUCUGGCAGCAGGCUUGAGUUUAUGGAUGGAGCGGAUGGACUCAAAGUGACGUUCCCACGGAUGUCACAGGUAACCAGCCAGUGGGUGUGGGUGCUAGCCAUGUCGGGAGUCACGCCAGCUCAGACAUCAGACACCGCUGAAUAUGAAGCCAUUUUACAGCUAUUUACUUAAUAUUGAAGCUUGUGCAGCCUCCUUGUCUGUGCAGGGAAGUUGAGCCAUGUUCAUUACACACUGUAUACACAUGUCCAUGAGAAUAUGAGGGAGAUUGGUACUGUAUAAUAAUUCAUUGUUAGCUUUUGCAUUCCACAAAUGACCCAAUGUUAGUUAAAUCACACACUUUACCCAUAAUCUUUAACUUACAUAUUAGUGAUCAUGAAAACUGAAAACAUAUAAUGUUUUCAUAUAAUUACAGUGAACAUACAAUGUUUUCUGGCCAUGAUUAUGCAGGAUCUUACUCUAGAGAUGCUUUCAAGAUUUGGGCAGUUUGCCAACAAUUUUUGUUAUAUCUAACCAACUCAUCUGGUUGUGAUUCUCUUAGGGUCAGUAUUGCCCAUGUGCACAGCUAAAACAGCAACAUUUAUGUUCAAACAAAACUGUAAUCAAACUUUGAAUGAUAAUGAAAAAUAAAUAACCCAAAACACUUUAAGUUUAUAUAUACCAUGAAAUGUAUGCCUUGUGUUUGCAAGUGAAAUAAAUGACCGGACAAUGCAUAGUAGGAAGUGGAAGCAAUGCAUAGUGGAAGAAAACAUGGAGAAAUCUAGCAGUACUGUGCUGGAAUUAACCGAGACUAUGCAUGAUGUAUAUCUUUCUUACUUAGGAUGUGUGCCAUCGAGUCUGGUCAGUAACUGGAUGGGUGGCCACACAACAGCAGCUUCACUUUUGGCUAGGAGUACUUUGAUGAACCAUGCACAGGCCUCCUGUCAUUGGCAGAGAACGAUAUACCAAUUCCUGUGUGUAUAGUGAACACUGACGAAUGUUAUUAAACUCGGGAGACUAAGCAGUCAAUUUUAGACUUUGUAUAAUAGGAAUAACAGAAUAGAACUUAGUUGCAUAAUUAGGUUUUUAUUGCUGACCAAAGAUAAUUCAUUAUACUGUACAAAUAGCAAUUAUCAUAGAAUAAUCAUUGUAUAACAAAUUUGGAAUGAUGUAGUCUUUAUUACAUUGGUCAAUCUACAAUCUAAAAAAAAUUAGUUUCUUAACACUUACAAGAAAAUUAAUUUUAUUACCACCAAACACCAUUUGUCUACUUUCAUUUGAUUCUACAACAAAGCAGAGUCUAAACAAUAAAUAUCUUUAUACCAUGAAUGAGAAGUUAUGCUUGAAAAUUUAAAUGAACAGAGUAUGGUUAGAUGAGAUGAUAUUGAGUGAAAAUUUCCGAUUACUGUACAUACAAAAUCGCCCAGUAGACGACCUUCGGCAAAGCCAAUGUGAAACAGUUUAAAAAUCUGAGAUCAUAACAAGGUUCCUAAAGUAAAACAAUGAAUUUGUAUAAUAUUGUAAAAUCUACUAACAAAAAGGCUAAUCAGAUCCAAAAGUAUCACAAAACAUAUCUGGAUUAGUAAUACAGUAAUUUAUACAGUACCUGUACACUAGUAAUUCUGUAAUGUUUGAUCAUGCAAGAAUAUAUACCCCAUAAUUAAAACUCUAUAAACUGA